CAUAUAAUGAAGAGGAAGACUGACAGAAAGAGAAAAUGGCUGAUAAGUGUCAUUUGUGUCUGCUGGGACUGAUCAUUCUCUCUUCACUUCUCACAGGUACCAGUGGAGUGGAUGAUGCUCAAGUGUUCAUCAGUUCUGGUGAAAAUGUCCAUCUGCCCUGUAAUAAUGCUCUUCAUGACUGCAAAUCAACAUAUUGGAUCUAUAACAGAUUCAGACAUUCAGCAGCAGUUGAACUAAUUGCUGGAGGGAUAAAGAAGAAAGACAUUGAGAGACAUGAGAGACUGAGUCUGGGGUCUGACUGCUCUCUGAACAUCAAGAACAUCACAAAAGAAGAUUAUGGAUUUUACAGCUGCCGACAAUAUGUGAAUGACAAACAACAAGGAACUGAUGCACCUGUUUAUCUGCAUGUUCUUCAUGUCUCUUCAUCAUCCUCACAGACUGAGAUCAGUGCAGGCAGCUCUGUGACUCUCUCCUGUCAGUUGUAUUCAUAUUCAUAUGCUGGAGUCUCUUGUGAUGAUUGGAUCCGUUCUGAGGGAAUUCAGCUGUUCUGGUUGAAUCAGGCUGGUGUUAAACUGAUAGUUUCAGGCACCAGAUAUCAGAAAUCAGCUCGAGGACACUGUAUCAGCACUCUGACUACAACACUCCUGAAUGAAGAUGACAACAGGGAGUGGAGAUGUGAAGUUACUCACAGAAAUCAAGUCAAGACCUCAGUCACAUAUACUGUCAAGAGUUCAGCUCAAGAUAAAACAAUCACAACAGUGAUUUCAGUCCACACCACACACUCUGAGGAUCACAUAACUAAAGCAAGUUCCUCCACUAAAUCCAGCUGUGAGAAGUGCAAAGUGAUGGAGAGGAUGUUCAGGGUUCAUGCCAGGAAUCUUACUGAAACUAGAGAAGCGUAA